CCUGUCCCUCCGCCGGGCCGGGCCGGGCCGGGCCGGGCCGCGGGGCCAUAAAGCAGCGGCGGCGGGCGCAGGCCGGGUCCGCUGUGCCGCGCCGCGCCAUGGGCUCGGCCCGCCGCAGAGCGUCGGUGGGGCUGGGGCUGGCCGGGGCGGCCUGCGCCCUCCUGGGGGUCUCCCUUCUGCUGGUGGGGCCCCGCAUCGUCAAGGAGCAGGUUAUCAAGAAUGUCAGGAUCGACCCCGGCAGCAUCUCCUUCAAGAUGUGGAAGGACAUUCCUGUUCCUUUCUACAUGUCAAUGUAUUUCUUUGAAGUGCUGAACCCCGACCAGGUCCUCCAGGGAGCAAAGCCGGCGCUGCACCAGCGUGGACCCUAUGUGUACAGAGAGUUCAGGUAUAAGACAAAUAUCACAUUCCAUGACAAUGACACCGUCUCCUUCCUGGAAUAUCGGAAACUCUUCUUCCAGCCAGAGCUGUCCAACGGCCGUGAAGACGACUACAUUGUUGUGCCAAACAUUUUGAUGAUGGGAGCAGCUGUAAUGAUGGAAAACUUGCCAACCUUUGUGAAGAUUUUACUGAGUGGAGCCCUGGCUGGCCUGAAACAGCAGGCGUUCAUGAACCGGACAGUGGGGGAGAUCAUGUGGGGCUAUGACGACCCUCUUAUAGAUGCCAUAAAUGCAAUUGUUCCCGGCAUGAUCCCUUUCAAGGGAAAAUUUGGCAUGUUUGUGGAGUUCAACAACUCCAAUUCAGGACUGUUCACAGUGAACACGGGCAUGAAGAACAUCAGUGAAGUUCACAUGGUGGAUUCAUGGAAUGGGCUAAAGGAGGUGAAUUACUGGCGGAGCCGUGGCUGCAACAUGAUCAAUGGGACAGCAGGAGAGAUGUGGCCACCAUUCAUGUCCCCAACAUCGCUGGAUUUCUACAGCCCGGAUGCCUGCAGAUCCAUGAGGCUGGUGUACGAGCAGUCCGGGAAGUUUCAGGGUGUGCCCACCUAUCGCUUUGUGGCACCAAAAACUCUCUUUGCCAAUGGCACUGACUAUCCACCCAAUGAAGGCUUCUGCCCCUGCAUGCAGUCUGGCAUCCAGAACGUCAGUUCCUGUAGGCUGAAUGCACCCAUGUUCAUUUCACAUCCUCACUUCUACAAUGCUGACCCAGUCCUGUUGGAUGCUGUUGAAGGCCUGCACCCCGACAAGGACCAGCACGCGCUCUUCCUCGACGUGCACCCGUUGACUGGCAUCCCCAUGAAUUGCUCCAUCAAGCUCCAGCUGAACCUGUACAUAAAACAGGUGUCUGGUAUAAUUCAAACAGGGAGGAUUAAGCCAGUGGUCCUGCCGCUGCUGUGGUUUGCAGAGAGUGGAUCCAUCGAAGGCUCGGUCCUAAAGCAGUUUUACACCAACCUGGUGCUGAUCCCAUCGCUGCUGGACUACCUGCAGUAUAUCUGCCUUGGGCUGAGCAUCCCGCUCAUUAUCUCAGCAGCUGUACUCAUGGCAAUGAGUCAGGAAAAAUGCACUUUAUUUUGGAGUAGCAAUAAAAAGAGCUCAGACAGUAAUAAGGCCAACCAGGCCACCUCUGCCAAAAAGCUGCCUCCGGUUAAGGGGACGGUGUUGCGGGAAGCCAGACUGUAGAGACCCCCACAUCACCCCACCACACAGAGCAAACCACCCCCCUCUGAGACAACGCCGCUCCUACACGACGCUGCCGCGCUGAGCCAGGACGAUGCCGAAGCCUGAGCCCUGGCACGUUUCCCACUGGGACAUGUCCAUGCUGGGUGAGACCUGCUGUGGAUCCUGAGAGUUCUCCAAAGUGAAGUCAUCCUGAGCAACUCAGCGGAGACCCUGCACGCUGUGGCAAAGGCACAAGGCAUCACUGCUGCACCAGCACUCCCGCACCGGGGCACUGGAGAUGUCAUCCAGACACUCAAUACAGUGUCCAAGAAUCCUUGUCCCCAAGGGGCCCGCCUUUGCUGCAGCCCCUCUCUUCCUUUGGGAAUGAAGACAGCUGUUGGUUGAUCCAAGAAUUAUUUUGCAAUUUAAAACUGCCUCUUGCUAGGAAUAAAAGGUACUUUAAUGGGAGCCUUUUAAAUAAAUGAGGUUUGUAUAUGUAGCACUGAUGGGAUUUAGUGAUGGUUUUAAAAGCCACCGUUCAUCUCAUGCGGAUGGGGCUUGCUAUCCUGAAGCCACUUAUGGUUUUAUUGCCACUUGAUGUCUCUGGACUACGCCACAAAUCAAUUCUGGGUGCUGUCACUUCGGUGAUGGCUCUUCCCAGGGUACCUGGAGCCUGCUUGGGGUUGCUCCAGCCUUUGCAUGUGUUGGAGAGUACAGCGGUGGCUUCUAAAACCCCAAUUCUGUGCCAUGACCUUGUGUUCCAGCAGUUCCAGCCCACAGCCCAUUUACUUGGCCUCUCCUUGCUUUAGAUGGCUGCGUGAGAUGAACCUUGCCAAAACCUCUGGUCCAUCUGACUUGUCAGUCACCGUUGGCGCUGGGUUGGUCACCUCAUUGCUCUGGCCUUGCUGCCUGUGCAUGGGAAGGGAGCAAGCAGAAGCUUGACCUUUAACAGAGAUAUCCUUGAUCAUUAACAAAGGUAUUUGUGCUUUUGAGAUGGAGGAAGCGAUGUGCAAACAUGAAAGCAGUGAUGGCCUUAGGUGGUGAUGAAAAUGCUGCAGAUUUCUGAAAUGAUGUCUUGGGGGAUCUGGGGCUGGAUGUUAACUGGAGGUGGGUGGGCUGGGCUCACUCUUUAGUGGGAAAGAAGCCCAAAGCCCAAGGAUAUUCAUGGCUAGCUACUCAUCAGUAGUUGUCUACCACUCCUGCCUUCCCUGCUUCCAACCAGGAGCCGGGGUAGCCCUUGGGAAAACCAAAGGGGCCAGUGCUGGUGCCUCUGGCAGGGAGGGAGUAGUGCAGGGAGUCUCUGGUCCCUCUUGGAGCAGAGAACUUGUUGCACAGUGUGUGGUGUGAAUGCUGUCAUGGUCUGGAAACUUGUAAUUGUCUAAGACAGCUCUCUAACCUUCUAGUGGGUAAGCCAUACUUUUCCUCUUACACUUCUGUCCCUCUUACUGGGCAGGAAGAGCACAAGGAGCUAAAACCAAUGCCAGCAGUCCCUGUGCUGGUGCAUUCCCUGCAGCCCAUGUCCUACAGCUGGGCUUAGGCUGUCUGAUCAUGGGAGCAGCCCAGGUCAUGAAGGGGAAUGAAGGGCAGCAGCUGCCCAGAACUUGGUCUGAGGCUGAACUUGCCUAGAUGCCCAGAACACGUCUCACAGGUACAGUGGGAAUAGCCAUACUUGCAUUAUUCCUGUGACAUGAGUCCUCACUGAGGGUGAUGCUUAAACUACAGCUAUAAACUCUCUCUGCUCUUGAACCCCAAAUGACCCACCUGCAAACAGUGCCUCACAACCUACACCCUCAGCAUGCGGUUGUGAAGUGGGAGCAGGUCGGAGGCACAGCCUCAGACCAGGCGCUGUGGGAGACUCAACCCAUCAACACAGAUAAGACCGGGCAGCGCUCAGCAAAGCUGACAGUAGAUGGAAGAUAACCAUCCUUGGGCUCACCUGCUUGAGGCUUUAACGAUGUGCUGGUGCUAACUGCUGCUGUACGGGUGAAAACAAAUAAAAUAUUGACCUAUUGCUCCUA